UUCUAGCUUCUACUGAUUCCCAAUCACAGAAAUUGCAUUGUGUUACUCUUAUCAUUCGAUUUGAAAUUCCCACUCUUGCUCAACUUGAAUUCAUUAUUCCACUAAAAAAACUUUUGAUUUACUUUUUCCUGCACAAAAUGCUCGAUUUCAAUUAGAAUGUGCUGUAAAAAAUUCAAAUUGCAGGAAAUUAUGGAGAAUUGGGUAUUGUUUAGAUGAAGUUUUUGCUCUAGUGUGAAUUGCAGAGUUGUUUGCUCCUACAGUUUUACUUAAUUAUUAUAUUUUGGUGGAUUCAGGUAUGAAUAUGGAUACUAGAGUUCUUUAAUUAAUUGAUCCUCUCUCUGCAUUUGAAUUAGGUUAUUGAUCCAUUAGCUGAAAUUUCAGCAAUGACUAUUCAACCAACACAAAAACCUCUCUUGCUAAUUUAUCCAAGUCUCACUUGAUGCCUUUCUCCUUCCCUUAAGCCGCAACGGGGAAUCGGAGAAAUGGCGGGACCGCCAAAGAAACACUUCCUCCCUCUCCUACUCUUCCUCUCCCUUUUUGCAGUCUUCUUUUUUUCCCAUUAUCAUCCCUCUCUUCCUCUCUCCUCUGUCGAUGCUGAUUCCGACUCCAAUUUUGUUACCUUAAGUAAUAAUAGCAAAAAUUUCAGUCCCCAAGUUAGCUCCAGUUUUGCAUUCCUUAUUAAAGUCCUUGCUUUCAACCGCAUAGACUCUCUAUCCCGCUGCCUUCACUCUCUUGCCAAUGCUAAUUAUGAAGGAGACAUAGUCCAUCUUCAUGUCUAUAUUGAUCAUUUUCCCUUUGCCAAUGCCUCGUUCGAUGUUUUGGAGGGAAAACUACAGGAAGCUCACAGGAUUUUGGAGUUUGUUGACGGGUUCCAUUGGAAUUUUGGAAAUAAGUUGGUACAUUAUCGGACGGGGAAUGUGGGGUUGCAGGCGCAAUGGUUAGAGGCGUGGUGGCCAGGCUCGGACAAUGAAUUUGCAUUUGUUGUGGAAGAUGAUUUGGAGGUUUCUCCACUGUUUUAUAAGUUCGUGAAGGCUGUGAUUAAUAAUUAUUACUACAAUGGUAGCGGAUCUAAUCCCUCUAUUUAUGGUGUCUCGCUUCAACGUCCAAGGUUUGUUCCAGGUAAACAUGGAAACAAGUUACAGUUGGAUUCUGGAACAAAUCUUUUCUUGUAUCAGUUGGUUGGCACUUGGGGUCAGAUCCUCUUUCCCAAACCUUGGAAAGAGUUCAAGCUGUGGUAUGACUGGCACAAGUCAAAAGACAUCAAGCCAUUUCUUGAUGGAAUGGUGACAAAUGGGUGGUACAAAAAGAUGGGAGAGAGGAUCUGGACACCUUGGUUCAUCAAAUUUGUUCAUUCUAGAGGCUAUUUUAAUAUUUACACCAAUAUGGGGCAUGAGAGAGCCCUCAGCGUCUCCCACAGAGACACUGGUGUUAACUACGGGAAAACAGCCGGACCCGACUCCAAAUUAGUUGAUGAAAGUUCCUUUGAUUACAGCUUUCUGGAAUUGCAACCAUUAAUCAAUUUAAAAUGGUAUGAUUUUUGUUUCAAAGAAGUACUUCCUGGAAGAGUUGUGAGGAACAUGGAUGAUCUUGAGUCUGUUCUUCCCUCUGUGCAGAAACAGCAGAAAAUUCUGAUAGUGAGCAUAUUUGGAACAUCAGAUGCAAUCACAAGAAAUUUGAUAUGCCAUUUUGAGAGGUUGAACAUUCAGAAUUAUAUUUUGAUGGGUCCUACCUCUUCUCUUCUGCAUGAUCUUGCUAGAAGGGGACAUCCUGUUAUUGAUGCCAACAGUCUUCUUGAAAAUAUGAAAUCUCAGAAAUUAUUCGGAUUUCAAGAUUCAAGCUCAAAACUCGUAGAUGUAUUGGUAAAAGGCUACGUGAUUAAGAAGUGCUUUGAACAUAAGUAUGAUGCCUUGGUAAUCAAUACGAAGAUGCUAUUUGUCAAUAAUGACUUGUUUAAUGAGUUCAUAGUUAAUACGUCUAAUGACUUGUACGCUGGGAAGAGCUCUGAUAUUUUCUUUGUCAGGAGCUCUUCUUCUGCCAGAAAUUUGUGGACAGACGGUUUCUUGAAUAAAAUUGGUUCUGCAGUUGGUCAAGCUUCCCCAUCCAGCGAGGAUGGAAAUUUUGCUUAUAUAGUGACGAAGUUGUUAGAACAAAAUGGUUUAAGAGUUAACUGGGUUGAUGAGUCAAGCUUAGGUGUGAAGAUCGGUGCCAAUAGCGUUAAUCAAUCUUCUUUGAUUGCUGGUAAGAUGGUUUAUUGGUCUGACGAGAUGGGUCUGAAUUUGGUUCAAAAGCGGCUUGAAGAAUUGAAUAUGUGGGCUAUAGAUGGUGACUCUUCUUGUACGGCAGUCAUUUGUCACCAAUCUUAGUAUCCCAUGGGCAAUUUUCUUCCCUUUUCGAUCCACAGCUCUUUUUAUCAUCAGUUCAACCUUCAGAUUUGAGAGUCGAGCUCUAAUUUGAUAGUACUUCGACUCGACUCCUAGUUGAAGCAUUACAGGACUUAGAUUUGUAAUACCAAAUGUAAUAGAUUCCAAAUAUAAUGAUUGUCUAAUUAUCAUUA